AGAGCCGCUGAGAGGGUUCGUUCUCCCCGGCGGGACUGUUUGCCACAAGGCGAGCUGGCCGAGGGGGUCGGGCCCGGCACCGCACUUCCCAGGAGGCUGUGCGCGGCGGCGGGUCACGUGAGCGGAGCGCGGGCUUUGGAAGGCGUCGGAGCACGACGGGAUCCGCGGCGGAGCUGAGGAGGGUGCGGGACUGAGCACCGCCCUGGGCAGCCCCGGACCGAGCGCUAGCUGUCGAGGCCUCGCGCCCCAAAGGCCAGCCUUCUAGCAAAGCAGGCAGCCUGAGGCCGGACCCAGAGGAUCGAGUGGCUUCUGCGGGAGGAACGGUUCCGAGCAGGAGAGCUAGAGGAUGGCGGGAGGAGGGCACGGCUGAGCAGCAGUGAGAAAGGGCGGGCCUUAUCCCAGCCUUGGCGUUGGCCCCCAGACUGUGAAGCUGUCCCUCCUCUGUGUUGCUAUGGGAAUUCAAGGCCUGGCCAAACUGAUUGCUGAUGUGGCCCCUGGUGCCAUCCGGGAGAAUGACAUCAAGAGCUACUUUGGCCGCAAGGUGGCUGUUGAUGCCUCUAUGAGCAUUUAUCAGUUCCUGAUUGCUGUUCGCCAGGGUGGGGAUGUGCUGCAGAAUGAGGAGGGCGAGACUACCAGCCACCUGAUGGGCAUGUUCUACCGCACCAUCCGCAUGGUGGAGAACGGCAUCAAGCCCGUGUAUGUCUUUGACGGCAAGCCACCACAGCUCAAGUCAGGUGAGCUGGCCAAACGCAGUGAGCGGCGGGCCGAGGCCGAGAAGCAGCUGCAGCAGGCUCAGGCUGCUGGGGUCGAGGAGGAGGUAGAAAAGUUUACUAAGAGGCUGGUAAAGGUCACCAAGCAACACAAUGAUGAGUGCAAGCAUCUGCUGAGCCUCAUGGGCAUCCCAUACCUUGAUGCGCCCAGUGAGGCCGAGGCCAGCUGUGCUGCCCUCGUGAAGGCUGGCAAAGUCUAUGCCGCGGCCACCGAGGACAUGGAUUGCCUGACCUUUGGCAGCCCUGUGCUAAUGCGGCACCUGACUGCCAGCGAGGCCAAGAAGCUGCCCAUCCAGGAAUUCCACCUGAGCCGGAUCCUGCAGGAGCUGGGCCUGAACCAGGAGCAGUUUGUAGAUCUGUGCAUCCUGCUGGGCAGUGACUACUGUGAGAGCAUUCGGGGCAUUGGGCCCAAGCGGGCUGUGGACCUCAUCCAGAAGCACAAGAGCAUUGAGGAGAUCGUGCGUCGGCUUGACCCCAGCAAGUACCCCGUGCCAGAAAAUUGGCUCCACAAGGAGGCCCAGCAGCUCUUCCUGGAGCCCGAGGUGCUUGACCCAGAGUCUGUGGAGCUGAAGUGGAGUGAGCCAAAUGAAGAAGAGCUCGUCAAGUUCAUGUGUGGUGAAAAGCAGUUCUCUGAGGAGCGAAUCCGCAGUGGGGUCAGGCGGCUGAGCAAGAGCCGCCAAGGCAGCACCCAGGGCCGCCUGGAUGAUUUCUUCAAGGUGACUGGCUCUCUCUCUUCAGCUAAGCGCAAGGAGCCCGGACCCAAGGGAUCUGCCAAGAAGAAGGCAAAGACUGGGGCAGCAGGGAAGUUCAAAAGGGGAAAAUAAAUGAGUUUCCCUCAUACCUCCUUGACCCCAGAAUAUCUGCCUUAUGGUACCCUCAAGAGCUAGCACUAGAAAAACCUCUGGGGGCAGGGAGGGGAUUGCAUUGCUUCUCUGGCUCUACCCUUCUCAAGUAGUGCUUUUCCCUUUUGUACUUGAUCUUAUGGCAGGAACGCCAUAGAGCUACUUUGUUUUCUCUUUUAGCUCAGGAAAGUAUGUCAGGCUCAAAACACCUCUCAGGCAAUUUACCGGACACUGAAUCUAUUGUUAAAUGAAAGGGAUAGCAACAAGUUUUGAAGAGGGAGUGGGAGAUAAACGGUAGAGAUAGCAGGCUGGACAAAAAUGAUUUCCUGGCUGGCCAACUGGUGGCUGAUGGGAGUGGGUGGUGGAACCAGACUGCACUUCUCUCUGGCUCAGCCUUGACCCACCCUGUGAGACAGCCGUCAGGAAGUCUGAGUCUUAACAGAUGCGGAGAGUGCUGAGAACUAAGAUAGGCAGGGAGAGCUAGAGUCGCUGGAGUUGGCAGUAAGGGUCUGAUUACUGGUUAUGUGUCCUGGGGUGGGCAGAAACUUGAACUUGCUAUGUAACUUGAGUCUUCACAGUGGUUAUUUAGGGGCAUAAGAUGGCGAAAUUCUAAUGUCCUCUCUGAGGCAGUCAACUGAGUUGAGACUGGGAUAAGAUGCUAUUUUCAUGUGCUGUUUUGUUUUAAAGAUAUGAGAAAAGUCAAUAAAAUUAUAAAAGUAA